AUGGGUGGUACUCGCGAUCUCUUCAGAAUAUACUGGUAUACGUUCUUAGUGUCUGCUCGCAUGGAGCACGGAAACAAAGUACAUAUACCCAUUUAUGAUAUUGUGAGAGGCAUCCACCAAUCAGGGUUGAUGACAUGGUUCCCAGGAUCUAAAUCUAUGGAAGCCAAGAGCUUAACCAAGUUACAACGGCUGGCACGUUGGUCAAACUCGGCACCUACCAACGACGCUGAACGAAGAUUGACUGAACACAGUUCAGCAUUAACUCCACCAAACGUAAUUCUUCAACAAAUUGAUCACAACGAUCUUAUACAGGGUAACCUUUAUAUUCUCAAGAUCAGUCUCAUUGUUGUUGGUUUAUUCCAAGGCUGGGACGACGACAUGUGCUGUUUCGUUAUUCUUCGCUCCGACGUAUCCUCGAUGCGAUGGUCAGAAGCAAGAUACAUACCCGGCGAUUUCGCCGCUUUUGAUGCAUUUGACAGCAAUGGGAAUCCAUCUGUAUUUCUCUGGACGAGACAACUACGUGCACCUAUUCCUAAUAACUGGUUUACACUUUUUGAAGAAGCUCGGAGGAAACAGCGAGAUUGGUCCAACACGCUUCGACCCCAAGAAUUACCUGUUUUUCCAGCUGUACCCACGCUUCAAAAUUCUAUAGGCGAGGAUAAAUCAGUAGAGUACAUAACUCUGACAGACAAUCCUGUUCCUCCCCUCUCCACUGUAAAUGUUUUACAGGAAAGCCUAACCAAGAAAAAAAGUCAGCAGCAGCAACAAUCCCCACCAAAAACUAAACCCCAAACAUCCCACUUUUCUAUCGACCAUGAUUUGGAUACACAACCUGAAUCAGUCCCAUCGCAACAGCCAAUAUCUCACCCUACUUCAUAUAGCCAUCAUGACAAAGUAAAGUCUUACACAACGCAGCUUCGUGGAUUCCCCUCACUCUCAAGUUCCUCUGACGGCUCAUUCACGCCAAUUCAAGAACUUUCACGGCACCAACUUCAACAUAAUACCCACACCGCUUUGUCGGGACCGAAAACCGGAGAAUCUCCCGACCUUCCGUCCACACAAUACUCGUCUUCUAUUGAAGGAACCGAGCAGUCUGCUACUUCACCAUCAACAAACGACUCGUUCGCGGGGAAAGCAACCUCGUUUAUAAAAGAGGCCCCAGCUGCCACAUCGAGCACCUCAGCAUUUUAUCAGCUGGCUAUGAUUGGUCACUCUUCGGUUGACCUGAACCCCAUGGCUUCACAAUCAAGAGAUACUAGCUCUAUAUUUCACUACCAUCACAACAACAACGCAGUAUCCUCUUUAAUAGAUGCAUCUCAAAAACCACUAUUUAAUGUUUCACUUUUUGAUAAUGACAUUACCUUCCCUCACGAUGCUGAUCAGUUUUCGAUUCAUACCACCGAAUACCAAUCUUCCAUUCGCUCUCAUUCUCCCUCUCCCUCAUUAGAAGACACACAUACCACUACCAAGCACAGAGUAAAUAGAAAAUCAGUCAAGCGUCUAUUUCGUAUUAAAUGA